GAGCAGGCGUGGGAGGCACAUUCUUCAGCCUGCCUGCUCUGCAAAUCUGGGAGCAGGCGGAAGGGGAGAGCCAGACCCGCGGUGAGCUCCGCUCUUGGCAGACGGCUCCUGCACGAGGAAGGGAGGAUGGCAGGGACUAAGGGGACAGAGAUGUCGGGUGAGUCGUCGGAGCUGGAAUGGGCCCUCCACGUGCUGGUGAAGAACUAUGACAAAUACGCCAGCGGGUGCUGCAGGAAACCCCGGCGCAUCAGCAAGAAGGAUUUCCGCAAGAUGCUGAGCCGGGAGCUCAACCACAUGCUGACGGACACCGGGAACAAGCGCGCGGCUGACAAGCUCAUCUGUGACCUGGACGAGAACAAAGAUGGGCUGAUCAGCUUCGAGGAGUACUGGACCCUGAUCGGUGGCAUCGCCAGCCCCAUCGCCUGCCUCAUCCGCCAGCAGGAACAUGGCACCAAGUUCACCAAGUAGCGCGGUCCCAGGGUGCCGGCAGCCCCCCAGAUCCCCCCCGGCCCCCGCUCAGAGCUUUCCCUUUGCUGCUUCUCCCUGGGCCAUGUGUGAUCCCUUGCCCCCCACGGCGCCUCGAGGCCGGCUCCUCCCAGGGACAGCAGAUCUCCUUCCAGCUGGGCCUCAGCCCGCCUCCAUCAGUCACCUCCCCACCCCCAGCCAGUGCUUGUUCACCCCUCCUGCCCACUGCUGGGCUGGCCUACAGGGCAGCAGAGAUACCAUCCUCCUGGCCUUGUUAGCAAGCCGCCUGCCGUGUCAUGUGGCAGAUCCGUGGCCUCCUGGACUCUCAUCCCUGACCGGGCCCAUGGUGCUGGCAGCCACAGAGCCAUAGCUGAUGGAGGAGAAUUGCCUGUGGCGCUCUGCAGUACAGGGCUUAUGUGACACAUGCUGCAGUGGGUCUGACGUGCCAAGAAAGCAGGUCUGCAUUGUCCCAACAAGAAGGGGAUUUGCAGGGACACACGCAGGCACACACAUGCACACGCCAAUCAGUUACAGCCUGGUUGCUGCCUUUCCCGGGCUCCCCCUGUAGCUCGCUGAUUCCGUAUUGACCUUGCAGCCCUGGCACCAAACGCCCCAGGGGUGGCUCCAGGGCUGGGCUAACCCCUCGGGGGGAAGGCCCCACCGCCUGUGCAGGGUUCGCAGUGCAGGUGUACCGGGGUCCUGCAGGGCUGGGACGAGGCCCCUUUCUUCUCUCGCUCUUAGGAGGCUGUGCUGGUUUGAACCCUGAGCCUUGCCUGGCCCCAUGCUGGAGAGACCUGUGCUGCCAGGGAGGGGUGAAAUCCCUCCCUGCCCCCCCAGGCCCCGAGUGGGACAAGCCAGGUUCCCAGCCGUGCCUGUCUCCUGCUGCGUCAUGUCCUCACUCUGUGCGUAGAAGCCCUGUGGGCCUAGCUGGGGGUCUAGGCCCAGGCUGGGCGAGGGAGGGGUGCAGCCCCUUGGUGAUUCUCUUUCUUAAACCCAUUGUGCCAAACUCUGCCCUCAGUGCCUUCCCUGCAGCGCCCCCGGGCCGCCCCCCAGGUGGGGUUCCAGGGCAUUGACCCUCAUCUACGACUUGAAUGGGUCCCAUUCCCAGACCUGUCUGGCUCAGGAUUCCAGCCCCUGUGCUGGUUAGAAAUCAACCCGUCCAA